UAGCUCCAAAAGUAUUGGCACCCUGCAUAAAGAUGGGUUACCAAAAAAAAAAAAAAAUGUUAUCAACAAAAUUAUUAGACAAAAUUUACAUCAGAAACGUUAGAUUUCUCACCUUUCUUAUAUUUCUAUGGUGUGAGAUUAAGCUAAUUAACCACAAACACAUUUUUCAUUUUGUUUUUUUUUUCUUUUCUUUUUUUUUAAACCCAUUUUCACACUACCUGUCAAAGAAAUGCAUUGCUGUUCAAGAGCGUGACUCGUUGCUCAGGGGGGACUUCACAAUUUGACCGGCUGUUUGGCUGUUUGUGAAAACACCACCAGCUCACUAGAGGACGAAAAGAUGAAAUUUAGUGCCAGGACUGAAGACUGAAGGCUUCUUGAGUCCCCCCAAACAUGUUACAAACAUGAAAAUAUGGUUGAUAAUCAAAUGAAGAUAAUGAAGAUAAUGACGUAAUCAAAAAUAAGAGCCUGGGAAAAAAAAUCAUUGCACUUUGGUGAAACAUUCCAGACAAAGAAGAAUUGUCUUUUAAGUAAUUAAUACUGUUGAACCGUACAUAAUCUGACCCAGACAGGAUUUUACAAAAUAUAUUAAAAAAAAAAGUCAGUCUUGAUUUCAGUUUGUAUAAGGUUUCAUUUUUGGCAUCCACAUCAGCAGUAUUUUGAUACUUCAUGUGUUCAAGCGGUUCAAUUAUUUUUGGCCUUUUGUGCACCCAAGUGCAAGAGCAUGACCAGCACUUUUAAGAAAAACAGAAUGGUAUGAAGAGGCUGAGGCUGAUUUCAUCCUAACCCAGACUGUAUAUCAGUUUGUGAGCCAUUGAAGGGCCAUAAUGUAAGGCUAUCAUUAAUAAAUUAAUUAUUUUUACACAUUCUCUAUUCUGUUGAUUAACACUAAUAACUUUGGCUCCGUAGCGAGUAAGAUGUUUCAAGGAAAAAAGGAAAAAGAAAGAAUGGCUAACAGAAACUGUUCAACUGUACACAGUAUUAGGGUUAGGUGAAAACAUUUAUUAAACUGAUUCAAGUUUUUUUAUGCCUCUUCCACCAGGUGGUGGUGUUUAUAUUUUCAGGUUGUCCUUCAAGGUGGUGGAGGCAUUAUGUUUUGUUAUGUUUGGGUUGUCUGUCCGUCUAUCUCUCCGUCCGAGUCUCAUAAAGAACGAGACACAGCAAGGUCAAGUGUCUGAAAUAGUUUUUCUUCAAUAGCUUCCUUCCUGUUUGAAGUAUAUUUUAAGGGUAUUUCAGAUACACAAAUUAGUAAGAAGAAGGACUAGACUUGUAGGCACUGAGACAUUCUCAUCAACACUACGGUGUCAAAGUGUGUCCAAAUAUUAAAAAUAUAUAAUUUUCAUAAACACACUGAAGAAGUGUUUCAGCUCUGUGACACGCAAACACAAACUGUACAGUGGCAUUUACAUACACGGGUGGUCGCUACGCUACUGGGUCUGAAUUCUAGAUAGAGCAAAAAAUGUUUUAUAGGUACUACGGCUCAUUUUAGUAUUUUUUGCAAGUUUGAACUUAGUUAAUUUAGUGGUUUUUGGUUUGAAUGAAAGGGUUACAACGUUUCUGUUUGUUUGGUAUUUGGAAACAACAAAACAAAACUAACACAACCUUAAACCCAGUAGAGCAUUACUCAGACAAAAAUCAUGAAGGCUGUCAGUCUGCCUGUGUGUGUGUGUGUGUGUGUGUGUGUGUAAUAAUUUCCCACACAUCAUUCUUAUAAUACCUCGUGACAUAAUGCAUCACUCAGCUCUAAUUGUUUGUCGAGCUCUAAUACUAAUUCAGCUCUAAUUGUAUUCGAUUUUAUCCCUCACAUCUAAUAAUCACGACUGGUUGUCACUGAUACCGUGAGUUUUGCGAUAUGUUGAAUUUGUUCCUACACUGAUUGUCAAACGUGGCAGCAGGUCAUCAGCAUGACUCUGUGUGUCUGUGUGUGUGUGUGUGUGUGUGUGUGUGCAAGCUUGUGUGCGUGUGCGUUCUAAACUCUGACUCUGAUGUCAGAGAAUAUCUCAGAUAAGGUGUGGACCUGAGGCACACAGCCAAUCAGGGAUGGGAGAUUAGUGUGUGUGUGUGUGUGUGUGUGUGUAUGUGUGUGUGUUUAAAUUGCUCUGUGGCUGUGUGAGUGUCUCAAUUCAUCAAGACUGCAGUCCUGAAGGACCUUUUUACUUCAACGUUUAAGCCUACAGAUCAUUUUUCCCAUCAUGCUCUCUCAGAGUAUUUCGGUCUUGACCUGCGUGCUGCUCCUGCUGACGCUGUGCCCUGAUGUUCUGUCUCGUCGGGGUGGAUUUGGAGGCGGGCGCUGGGGUGGCAUAGGGAGGACUGGAGGAGGAGGUUGGGGAGGCGCUGGAGCUCACAGAGGAGCCGGCGUUGGAGGUGGCCACCACUACAAAGCUCCGCACGUCCAAAGCGGAAGUUCCUCCUCUGGAUCGAACGCUGGGAAGAUAGCAGGAGCAGCGGCAGCUGGUGCUCUCGGAGGCAUGGUGAUCGGCCACGGGCUCAGCUCGAUGUCUCGACCUGGUUACGGUCGUACAUGGCACGGUGGGUAUGAUGGGUACGGGCCCGGGUACGGAGGUGGGUACGGCUAUCCGAGGUACAGUGGAGGACACGGGAACGGACACGUCGGUCAUGAAGACGGGUUCAGGAACGAGACGGAUAUGGAGUACUACGUAGGCGCCGCCAGCAGGGGGCACACUUACAGCUGCGUGCUGCUGUUCGGUACCACUGUGUCGUUCUUAAUCGGGUACUGGAUCUCAUAGAGUUGACAACUCAGACCUUGAGUAGUCCAAACUGACUGGGGAUCAGUUUGGUCUCUAACGUUUGCUAGUGCUGCUAACAAGAAGUCAGAAAUACUUAUAGCUACCAGUUUAGCACUUGCCGAUGUGCUUUCUGACACCAUGUGACACACUGGUAUCUGUAAACAUGGACAAAAGUACAUGGCAGAGCUAAAAACAGGAUUAGUCGGAUAAUUCAAACAAUAUAGGUCAAUUUGUGUAUUUUCAAAUUACAAUACUAUAUUCUAUGACAUUUUAUGAUACUUUAUGUGUGAAUGGCAUACAAAUGUAUUUUGAUUGUGAACAUGCACUAUCAGAAAAAACCUGUACCUUUCCUUGUCACUGGUUUGGUACCUUUAAUAUGUAUCUUUUACCUAGAAAGGUGCACAAAGAGUGUUUAUGAGUAAUUACGGUCCAUUAUAACCACAUUUCCAGGAGAAUGAUUUUUAAAAGUACAACAACAAGGAAAGGUACCAGUUAGUACUAUUCAUGAUUUCGACAUGCUAAACUGGAGACUAUAUGCUUUCCUGACUUAGCAAAAUUAUAUAAUAUGGGUUAUGAGUCACAAACAUGUGAAUAUAUCACCUUUAGCGAGUGUAUUUGUCUAUUUCUACUUUUAAAUAUGUCUUUUUUCUUAUUUAUUCUGUGCAUAAAUAUAAUUCUUUCUUAUCUUAGAAUAUGCCUGUUGUUAUUUGCUCUAAAUUGUUCUACAACAUUUUGUACUACAUACUUUCAUUGCUGAAACCUUUAUUGUAGCUGUGCACACGUAUUGGUUUUUAUUUUUACUUUGUCACGCGAAACUGCGUUUAUCGUUCAAUCAGUGAGUGCUAAUGAGGUUUUGAAGCAUGUGCUAACACGCUCUAACACGUCUCAAUGUCCCCUAGGGCCUAAAAAGCCACUGAGGAUGAAGUAAGUAGCCUCCGUAAAUCACAUUAGUGGAUUAACAGUAGACAGGAUGCUGUAUAUGUUAGGGCAAAGACAAGUCUUGUUUAAGAUCUAGGAACUGUCUACCUCACUCUCUCAUUUUCACUACAGGACUCUUGUGUAUCAUGUGCAAACUUGUACUUUUGCAAUGCUGUAAUCACUGUGUAAUCACCAAGAACAAAAAUAAAACAAUUCGUUCAUUCCAAA